GCAGUCAAAGCUUGACCUCCGCCUCCGUUUCGAGCGCCGCUUAGUGGGAACCUAGAGAAGCUCACAACUGUCAAAAUGGCGCUCAAGGCACAAGUCGGUCAAAAGAUUAUGAAUGAAGUCAUCAAACAGAAAAAGAAAACAGCAGGUGGCGUAGAAUGGAGAAUACUGGUCGUCGAUCAGCUGGCGAUGAGGAUGGUUUCGGCGUGCUGCAAAAUGCACGACAUCAGCGCGCAGGGUAUAACAUUGGUCGAGGACAUCAACAAGAAGAGAGAGCCCCUGCCGACUAUGGAGGCCAUCUAUCUGAUCACCCCGUGCAAUCCAUCCGUUCAAAAACUUAUGGAGGAUUUCAACAAUCCGACAAGGACAAUGUACAAGAGCGCCCAUGUUUACUUUACCGAAGUUUGCCCGGAGGAGCUGUUCAAUGAACUCUGCAAGUCUCUAGCUGCUAAAAAGAUAAAAACCCUGAAAGAGAUCAACAUCGCGUUCCUGCCGUACGAAUCGCAGGUAUUCUCGCUGGAUUCCCCCGAAACGUUUUCCUGUAGUUACAAUCCUUCAUUUAUAAACUUGCGAAAUGCUAACAUGGAAAGAAUCGCUGAACAAAUCGCAACGCUGUGCGCUACUCUUGGGGAAUAUCCAUCUGUCAGAUAUAGAAGCGACUUUGACCGCAACGUCGAACUGGCACAAAUGGUGCAGCAGAAACUCGAUGCCUACAAGGCUGACGAGCCGACAAUGGGGGAGGGACCAGAAAAGGCGCGGUCUCAGCUGCUUAUUCUCGAUAGAGGAUUCGACUCUGUCUCACCACUUCUACACGAACUCACUCUACAGGCUAUGGCCUAUGAUUUACUAGAGAUAGAGAAUGAUGUGUACAAGUACGAAGCAUCCGCUGGACAAGCUGAAAAAGAAGUAUUACUUGAUGAAAACGACGAGUUAUGGGUCGAUCUCCGGCAUCAGCACAUAGCUGUCGUAUCCCAAAAUGUAACAAAGAACCUGAAGAAGUUUACGGAAUCUAAGAGGAUGCCACAGGGGGACAAGCAAAGCAUGAGAGAUCUUUCGCUGAUGAUUAAGAAGAUGCCACAGUACCAAAAAGAGCUCAGCAAAUACGCGACACAUUUACAUCUUGCCGAAGAUUGUAUGAAACGUUACCAGGGAAACGUCGAUAAGCUUUGCAAAGUUGAACAGGACUUGGCGAUGGGAACGGAUGCAGAAGGAGAACGCAUAAAGGAUCACAUGCGUAAUAUUACGCCAAUUUUACUCGAUCAAACUGUCGACAACACAGACAAACUACGUAUAAUAGCGCUUUACGUUAUCAGCAAGAACGGCAUUACAGAGGAAAAUUUGAACCGUCUUGUUCACCACGCGCAAAUAUCCCCGGACGACAAGCAGACCAUCGUCAAUAUGGCGAAUCUUGGUAUCAACGUUGUGGUAGAAGGUAACCGCAAAAAGAUGUACACCAUAACUCGUAAAGAAAGAAUAACCGAACAAACUUACCAGAUGAGCCGCUGGACUCCAAUUAUCAAGGAUGUAAUGGAAGACUGCAUCGAAGAUAAACUAGAUAGCAAGCAUUUCCCGUUUUUAGCUGGACGGGCAGCAAGCUCCGGAUAUCACGCACCGACUAGCGCCCGCUAUGGUCACUGGCACAAGGAUAAAGGUCAACAAACAAUUAAGAACGUACCUAGAUUGAUAAUAUUUAUCGUCGGUGGUGUUUGCUUCUCGGAAAUCCGUUGCGCAUACGAAGUAACGAAUGCAUUGAAAAAUUGGGAAGUCAUUAUCGGUUCUUCGCACAUAAUCACACCAAAAUCGUUCCUGACGGAUUUGAGUAAGCUGCAUGUGUAAUGACUGAUCGUUUAAAUAAUAACAUUACAUUCCUGCAAUCAACGUUACGCAAAGAUUCUUUGAUGAACCUGCAGUUAGUGCUUGUAGCCUUGGUUUUUGUCAGUAUUAUCAACCAUAGAUUAGAAUUAUAAUGAAUUCUUGAUGUCAAUUCAUAUAUAUGUAUUAGCGGGUCCUAUCUUAUAUAUAUAUAUAUAUAAAUAUAUAUGUAUAUGCACGUAUACACUGUAGCAGUGGUAUACGACGAAGUAUGAUAAUUAUACCUGAACCUGAUAGAAGAUAACAGAGAUUAGUUUUAGACAUUUAGCCAAUAAAUGAAUAAGAAAAAAGGAAAAAAUAGAAAGCGGAAGAGAGAAUAUCAGAGAGAACUAAUUUAUACCCCAAAAUUAAGUGCCUAUAUGGUGGACAAUUCGUUCAAGAUUUAUGCGUUGAUAAUGCUGAUAGCGAUGUAGCGUUCAUAUGUGAAGUACGUGUAUAUGAUGUAGUACAUACAUUUCCAAGCAAUAUACUAUGUUUAUUCAUAAAAUCAUUCGCUACUUUGAAAUUAUGUCGAAUGCGAGUAUACCUGAGUGUAAGAAAAAUAUUAGUGAUAAAAUGAUGAUAUAACUGUGUACAUUUUUCUUUUAAUGUUUUCUAUUUUUCCGUUAUUGACUUGCGAAUUAUUUAAAUAAUAUUAUCGUCAAUCGUGAAUUUCAUAUAACUAUUAUCUUUAAUUUAUUUGAUGAUUUGAAAGUUAAUUAUUUUGUAUACGUAUAUUUAAAGAUUUUCAGUUGAAUAUUAUCGAGUGUAUUUGUAAGAGACAAUUUGUUGAACCUUUUAGCGGUUCUAACGCGAAUCGGAUUCUCUCUAAUAACUAUUAACAAUGUUACGUCAAAAAUACGUAGAUUGACUCUGUACUUGCCGAAGUUGUCCAGUCGUGGUUUUGCGUUAUGUAGCUUGAGUAUAACAUACAGCAGAACUGUCUUCGCCAUCAAUGAAGAUAACCAAUUAACACUUUCUACCUAGCAAACUACAGUCCGCGAUGAUUUCAAUUGUGUAUUUAGAUUAAGUGAACAAUAGUACCGGUGCUACACGUAGGUUCUAGAAGAAUAGAAAUCUGUGUUUCCUGAUGCAUGUUUAGUUUGAUCUCCAUAUACAACAAACACGAGUUGCACCCAAAGCUGUAUAAAUCACUCGCCGCUGGUUUGUGAAUAAUAAUCAUAAUUCAAUAAUAUCUUGAAACUUACGAUCAAAUUAUACUACGAGUUAUGGAAUGUGCUAAAUUAUUAAUUAUAUUAUACCUAUAUUUUAAAAUAAAUUGUAUAGAUUCAAAGAAUGUUCAAGUAUAUAAUGUGUAUUACACACACACACACACCCACACACACACGAUAUACAUACAUAAACGGCGUUCACGAUCGGUCAGUGUAAUAUUAUCCGUUACUUAAGAUAAUUUUUAAUAUAUAUAUAUAUAUAUUAAAAUAUUAUUAUCAUUGUUAUCAUUAUUAAAUUCACAAUAUUUAUAAAUUAUAUAAAAUAUAUAAUAUAAUAUAUACCUAUGUAUCUAGCUGUAUGCUAAAUGAAGUGUUCUGCUUAUAAAGGCCUAUACAUGUCAUCAUCAUAUGAACUACGGCAUUAUUCAUUCGUGAUCGGUAUUUAAUCCCUUCGAAAUAAAAUUAUAAUCUAAGAUAGCCGUUUUUUAAAUACAAUUGACUUUUCGUUUUUCCGUGUUGCGUUAUUUUUCCUUUGAUGGCACAGUUUUCUAAACAUUAUGUACCAAUACUAUGGAGUCGAUUCUAUACGUUCAAUAAAGAAAGUGAAAUGUUCGAAUGGAACACAAAUGACGGAACUUGAAAACUUGAAAUGCUAUCGACGGUGUUAGAAUGAGCAAAAAGAGAAUCAAUUGGUAAAUCAUAACGAUUACGGAUGCAAAUCUAUUGCUGGAUUCCUCAACGGUACAUCUAACAUCAAACGGAAUGAAUCAGAAUGAAUUUCUCGUGGAUAGGACUGCGACUGCGCAAAACGCAUAUUUGAAUGUCCGUGGACUUGCGGCUUUGGCACUUGGGGCAUCAGUUUACAUGCCCAGUUGCUCGUAUUAAGGCGUCUAUUAGAGUACUGAUCUGUGGCACCGAUAAUACGAUGAUCUACUGACUAUUUUAAUGGAUCUUCUCUGAGUGUCUAAUUUUAAAUAAACAACAAACAGGUUACGAUUUGUUAACAUGAAUUUUAUAUCACGUCGGAUCAGGUACAGAGAAUUUUUCUUGUGAUGGCAGUAAAGUAAAUAAUUAGAUGUACAUGACGUAACUAUAACUAUUCAUAGUAGAACUAUUUGCAAAUGUUGUUACAAUAGUAUAUUUUCUGAGACCUGUCGACUCGCGAUGGAAACCUAAAACUCAGCGUUAACAUUCUACGUGUACGUCAUCAGGUCAAUUUGUACAAUAAUAUAAUAUUACAUGUACGUACGUAUAAUAAUAUUUAUAUGUAAGAUCGGACUCCGAAUCGUUACUCACCCGAUUUC